UAGAAAAGCCGUCAGUGAAUGGUUAGAGAGAGAAAGUGAUCCAUAUAGAGAUGGAAGUGAUAAGUAUGAAGAAAGAUCAGAAGAUGGGUUUCGAGGAAACAGAACUGAGGCUGGGCUUGCCUGGAAAUAAUGGAGGCUCCGAAACAGAAGUGGUGAGAAAGAGAGGUUUCUCUGAAACUGAAUCAGAAACUGUGGACUUGAUGUUGAAUCUCUCAUCCUCAAAGGAAUCAGCAGAUCCAACUGAUAACCUCAAGGCUUCGCCCAAGGAGAAGACCCUUCUGCCUUCUGAUCCUGCCAAGCCUCCCGCCAAGGCGCAAGUGGUGGGUUGGCCACCAGUGAGAUCCUUCAGAAAGAACAUACUAAAGAACAGUGGAGAAGAGAACGAGAAGGGAAGCCCUAAUAAUGGAAGCUUCGUGAAAGUAAGCAUGGAUGGAGCUCCUUACCUUCGCAAAGUGGACCUCAAGUUGUACAACACGUACCAAGAUCUCUAUGAUGCCUUGGCCAAAAUGUUUAGCUCCUUUACCAUUGGCAAUUGUGGAUCCCAAGUAAUGAAGGACUUCAUGAACGAGAGAAAGCUGAUGAAUCUCUUGAGCAGCUCCGACUAUGUCCCAACCUAUGAAGACAAGGAUGGCGACUGGAUGCUUGUGGGCGACGUACCUUGGGAGAUGUUUGUUGAAUCAUGCAAGCGUUUGCGUAUCAUGAAAGGCAAGGAGGCUAUCGGACUUGCACCGAGGGCCGUGGAGAAAUGCAAGAACAGAAGCUAGAUUAUACGUAGUGGUUACAGCAGAGAUGUGUCCAUGACCUACUCGUAUAUUCCUUUGUAAUUGUGGUCCGACCGAGACUAAGGAAUAAUGGAGCUGGUGAACAUGGAUUAUAGUUUUUUUUUUCUGUAUCAUUAAUUAAUAUGCAUGUGUAUGGUUUGUUCGGUAAUAUUUCAUACGAGACGCAGUGAGAUGUCUUGAUUAGUAUUGAUUAAGAACCGAAAAACAGUGAUGGAUGGCUUUAUUAUGUGUUUUGCAGGACUUAAUAUUGGCCUUCUUUGAGCCAGCAAAACAAAACGACUUUGGCUUUCUUUAUUAUUUGCUUUAAUUGCCUGCUUUUUCUUGCUUGUUUUAUAAUAACAAGCUUAAUAAUGUGCUUGGCUGUACUAAUCAUUUAUAUCCUUGAAGUUGGAUCGAUUUUUAAUUA